CCGCCCGCCCCUUCCGGCCCGGGGUAGCGGCCGCCAUGGAGCCGGCCCCGCGCUUCUCCUUCGGGGUCAUCGCGGACAUCCAGCACGCGGACGCGGAGGACGGCCACGACUUCUGGGGCUGCCGGCGGCGGUACUACCGGCACAGCCUCCGCCUGCUGCGGGCCGCCGUGGAGGCGUGGGCCGCCGAGCGGCCGCCGCCCGCCUUCGUGCUGCAGCUGGGCGACUGCAUCGACGGCGUCAACGCGAGGAGCGGCGCGGCCGAGGCGGAGGCAGCGCUGGGGAGGGUGCUGGCGGCGCUGGGACAGCUGCGGGUGCCGGUGCACCACGCCUGGGGCAACCACGAGCUGUACAACUUCGGCCGGGCCCGCCUGGCGCAGAGCGGCCUCCGCAGCCGCCCGCCGCCCUCCGCCGGCCCGCCCGCCGCGCCGCCCGGGGACUGCCACGCGUACCACUUCUGCCCGGCGCCGCGCUUCCGCUUCGUGCUGCUGGACGGCUACGAGCUGAGCGCGCUGGGCCGGGACGCGGACAGCCCCGGGCACCGGGCGGCCCUGCGGCUGCUGAGGGAGAAGAACCACAACGCGGACCUCAACAGCCCCGCAGGUACCCCCGCAGGUACCCCCGCAGGACUCGAAGAACCUCAGUAUGUAGAAUUCAAUGGAGGAUUUAGCCAAGACCAGCUGGACUGGUUCGAUGACGUACUCAAGUUCUCCGAUGAAAACCAAGAAAAGGUUGUUGUUAUGGGUCAUCUGCCCAUUCACCCAGAUGCUUCAGACGAAGUUUGCCUAGCCUGGAAUUAUAGAGAUGCCCUUUCUGUCAUACACUCUCAUCAGUGUGUGGUCUGCUUUCUUGCAGGGCACCUGCACAAUGGUGGCUAUUGUUUAGACUCACAUGGUGUUCAUCAUCUGACUUUGGAGGGGGUUAUUGAAACUCCACCUGAAAGCAAUGCCUUUGGAACUAUUUAUGUCUAUGAUGAUAAAAUGGUAUUAAAGGGAAGGGGCAGAAUUUCAGACAGAGUGAUGUGUUUCUGAAAAUGCUAAGCAGACGUCUAACUACAAAUUUUUCUUCUUCAGGAAGUACUGAGACUAAAAAGUAUGGGAUCCAGCACGUUCUUUGCUUGUAGAAAGAUCUACGUGGCUGAUCCUUGCAGUUUUAACUCAUGUUUCUCUCUCAGAUAAAGAACUCUAGAAAUUAUGUUUCUUUAAGGAAUAAGACUUAGCUGCUGCUUGGAGAAUAGAGAAGGCCAGUAACUGUGUUUGAAGAAUGCAGAAUGUUGACUUAACCACCCAGUCUUGAACAGAUUAUUAUUUAUUGUGAAAAAUCACAAACAACAACAAAAAAGCCACUAGUUGGUAGUUUUGUUU